UUGUAGUUGUUAGCUUCGUACUGUCAGUGCAAAUAUUUAUUUUCUUUUGUUUUUAUUUAUUUUUGUAAGGCUAUUAACGUAUAAAUUACAACGACACUUCGUAGCACUACCCAGCUGUAGAGAAUACAAGUGUAAUUUUGUUUUUAUUGUUCUCGUGAAUUUUGAACUUUACAUUUUAACGUGUUUAAUAACCCAAUUUGAGCAAAUUGCAUCUAAAUGAGUUGCUCUAAGUGUUUAAUCCAACGUGCUAGAUUUAAGUGCGAAACUUGUACGUGCAAUAUAUGUGACAAAUGUUCCGGUCUCGAAGGAUAUGACCUACGACCUUUAAGGAAUCGACUUUCCAAAUAUUAUUGCGAAGAUUGCACCAAGUCGUCGUUGGAAGUUAGUCUUCUGCGAAAAAGAAAGGAUCAUUUUGCGAGGGAAUUCAGUAGAAAUCAACUCACGACCAGCAACUCGACACUCUCUCGAGAUGGAUCCCGCGACGUGUUGGCGGAAGUACAGAUACACACCCCCUUAUCAGAAAGAUGUCAAACGCCUGCAGAGAAAUCUCCACAGGAUAAUUCUCAACAAAAUCGUUUACUUUCAACUGUUCGAAAUCGGUUAGGACAAAUUGCCUCGACACUUCAGGCGGCCAUCCGAUUCCGAAGAUUUUCUAGGAAAGAAUCAAACGCCACUCCGGAUUGGUUUGUGGACAAAAGCCAUCUUGAUGAAAAUGCGGCGGGAGACAAGGACGAUGAAAAGGGACCCACUUGUUAUGGACACCGUAUUGUUGUUGACCCCACGAAGUUGUCACAUUAUGUGUGGCUCAUGGUGGUAUCAUUGGCAGUCCUAUACAACGUUAUAUUCGUCCUAGGAAGGGCAGUGUUUUGGGAACUAAAUAACAAAGCCGAAAUCACCCCUUUAUGGUGGACUUUAGACUACCUCUGUGAUGCUAUAUACAUUAUCGACGCCUUGGUGCACGCACACGAAGGCUAUUUGGAACAAGGUCUUCUCGUGACAGAUCCGCAGAAGCUGCGAGCGCACUACCUUCAAUCAAAAUCCUGGAGGACGGACAUCUUGUGCGUGCUGCCCACAGAUCUGGCGUAUAUCUGGUGGCCGCCAUUCGAGUGCGAUUUAACAGUGCCGUGCCCGGUGAUAGUUAGACUAAAUAGAUUAUUUAAAUUACCCAGGUUGUGGGAGUGGUUCGAAAGAACAGAAACCGACACCAACUAUCCAAACGUUUUUAGAAUAUGCAAAGUGGUGCUCGCUAUUUUAGUGUUAAUACAUUGGAACGCUUGUUUGUAUUUUGCUAUUAGUUAUUUUAUCGGGUUCGGGUCCGAUAAUUGGGUGUACAAUUUAAAUGGGACACAAAACGCUUCUCUCACUAGACAAUAUAUUUAUAGUUUUUAUUGGUCGACGUUGACUCUGACUACUAUCGGUGAAACCCCAGUGCCUGAGAACGACGCCGAGUAUUUAUUCGUUGUUGCGGAUUUCUUGGCUGGUGUUCUUAUUUUUGCAACCAUUGUCGGUAACAUCGGCUCGAUGAUAUCAAACAUGAACGUUGCCAGAGUCGAUUUCCAGAACCGCAUGGACGGCGUCAAGCAGUACAUGGCAUUCCGGAAAGUCGGGCGAGAAUUAGAAGCUCGGGUUAUACGAUGGUUUGCGUAUACGUGGGCAGAAAGUGGCGCCCUGGACGAGGAAAGGGUUUUGUCGGCAUUGCCAGAUAAAUUAAAGGCGGAAAUUGCCAUUAGGGUGCAUCUGGACACUCUCAGGAAAGUCCGGAUAUUUCAGGAUUGCGAGCCUGGUCUCCUGGAAGCGCUCGUCCUUAAACUCAGAUUGCAGGUUUUUUCUCCCGGAGAUUAUAUCUGUAGGAAAGGUGACGUCGGUAAAGAAAUGUACAUCGUUAAGAGAGGGAGAUUACAGGUGGUUGCUGAUGACGGUUAUACAGUUUUGGCAACUCUUGGCGCUGGCUCAGUAUUCGGCGAAGUCAGUGUUUUGGAUAUUGUCGGAAAUCGUACGGGAAAUAGGAGAACUGCCAAUGUCCGCUCUUUGGGCUAUUCAGAUCUCUUCUGUUUGGCCAAAGACGAUCUUUUAGUGGCUUUAGCCGAUUAUCCAGAAGCUCGGGCAACGUUAACAGAACGCGGUUGCCAACUUCUGCGAAAAGAUGGCCUUCUGGACGAAGAUCAAUUCCGGAAUGCGAAAGAUACCCAAGAAUCGAUGAGCGACAGUAUAAAAAAGUUGGAGAGCACGGUGGAAACUUUGCAGAUUCGAUUGGCAAGACUCUUGGCCGAAUUUACUGCUAGCCAAGCCAAAAUCAAACAGAGACUUACGAAAGUCGAGACAAAAAGCGAAAAGGAAAAGGAGACUGCCGCGAGUGAGCCACCUUCCAGUGAAGCCCUGCCCGUUCCGCAAGGACGAAAAAGACUUCGUUCGUUUGAAGUGCGAAGAGAACCAACCGCUUUAAGCUCUAGACAUAAAACGAUGUAGUCUAACGACCAAAAAUAUCAAAGCUACGUUCUUAUAUUGUUUUUUAUUAUAAAUAAAUAUUAUUCAUUGGUGUACGAAA